AUGCCCGACGAGGAAACACCGCUGCUAUGGGAUGCGAGUGCUCUAGAUGAUCCCCAUAAGCAGUUCUGCGCGCUCUCUGGCGUUCCUCCAUCCAAUGCCAAGGACAAACACCCCUACAUCGGGCCCAAAACUCUCUAUGGCAGAGCAACCCAUCGGUAUACCAAGGCUCGGCGGUCGCACAAUUUCAUGGCGGCCCUCAACAACACACUGCUGUUGUCUCAAGUCUUACUGGGCGCGACAAUGACCGCCCUAGGAGCCAGCGAAAGCUCGCAUAUUCUCAUCACGGUCUUUGGCGUGAUGAACACGGUAAUUGCUGGCCUGGUCGCGUACCUCAAGAGCCGGGGCCAACCAGCGCGGACCCGGAUGUUCCGAGACGACCUAGAGCGCGUGGUGGACGAGAUUGAGAAUUCCGAAACCAUGUGGCUGGGCAUAUCUCAAGGGAUCCAUGGCUACGACGAGAUAGAUAUCGACGACAAGGUUACCGUUCGCAGUGAAGUUGCCCGCCUCAUGCGCCUCUAUGAGAAGGCCACCCGGAAUUUUAUGAUGUCCAAUCCAGACAACUAUCUGAUGGGUCAAACCGAUGGUAGUGGCACGGCGCUGCGGUCUCGAGCUGGUAUUGGAGGUGGCUUCCCUCCUGCGCCCGUUACCCUGCCCGCGAUUCCAUCUACAAUCCCGGCAGCUGGUGCCCCUGAUCCAUCUGCGCCACCUGCUGCCAUUCCCGCCCCACCCGCCGAGGAAGACCCCGAUCAGAGCCCAGCCACGGCCCCUCCCAAGCCUCCGACGCCUCCGCCAGAAGAAGCCAAGGGCAAAGAGCCGGCUGCAGAUACGAAGGACAGUUCAGCGGGUUCCAGCAAAGACACACCUCAAUCCUCUGAAGACUCCAAGGAUAAACCCCCUAGCUAUAAGGCUACGCCUCCAGAAUCCAAAGAGCUAUCAAAACCGGCAGUACCUCCUCAAUCGUCUGCUGAAACACCAGCAGAAGCCCCUCCUGCGGCCGAUCCUGACGAGUCCCCCGCAACAGCGGCCAAGGGGUUCGAGAAGUCUGACGACGAAGAUGAAGACGACAAGAAGAUGAAGGCCAAGUCGUAA